UCGCCGGAUUCUCAAGGAAGCCAAUCGAUCCGAGACGAAGGCGACAAAGAUCUCCGCCCGUCGAAGCCCCCUCGAGACAGCAACAAAAGCUGACCAUCGCCUUGUGGAAACAGAGCAAACAAUCAGAAACGACAUUGACUGACUGACUGACUAGCAAGAGAUCGGACAAGAUGGCUCCGAAAGACAAGCAAGAAGUGGAGGUGACGGCAGGUGCCGACAAGAAGAAGGACGAUGCCAAGAACAAGAAGAAAAAGACGGAAGAGGAGCUGGCUGACACCAUGUCGGACGAAGACAAGGAGCUCAAAGAGCGAUUGGACACUUGUGUCAAUACGGUGAUGAACAAGGAUAAUGAGGACAAGGUGACGGCUCAGAUCCGAUUGAAUGCCUUGGAUGUGAUUGUGACAGAGCUUCGAACUGCCACGGCCAGUAUGACCUCUGUGCCCAAGCCGCUCAAGUUCCUGCGGCCUCACUUUGCUUCCUUGACGGAACUGUACACCGUUGUCGAGAAGGACGGAGACGGCAUUGACGUCAAAAUGUUGGAAUUGCGAGCUCGAUUGGCCGACGUUUUGGCGGUCUUGGCCAUGACUAUGGGGAAGCCAGAGGAAAGAGAGAGUCUAAAAUUCAAAUUGAAGGGCAAGAAAGACUACGAUUCUCUCGAGAGCAAGGGAGCCCAGUCCAAGUUUGCGGAAGACAAUCUAGGAUCUUGGGGACAUGAAUUUGUGCGCAGUCUUGCGGGUGAAAUUGGCCAGGAAUACAACCAACGCGUCAUUGACGGAGCAGACCCUGAUCAGGACGAACCGUUCAAAGACAUUUUGCAAAUGGUAGAUGUCAUUGUCCCUUUCCAUGUCACCCACAAUGCCGAGGCCGAAGCGGUCGAUUUGCUGAUCGAAGUGCAGAGGCUCAAAAACUUGCUCCGACUGGAAUCGAUCGAUGAAAACAAUUUCCAGCGCAUUUGCCUCUACCUUAUCAAGACGGCGGACUUUAUGUCUGAUCCCGAUGAUCUUACCGAAAUGUUGGAAACAGCCUAUGAAAUUUUCAGAAAGCAAGGCCAACAGUUCGAUGCUCUCCGCGUAGCUCUCCGAAUGAAUAGGACUGACAAGGAAACCAUCACAGAGCUCUUGGCGGAGUGUAAGGACCCUCUCAUGAGGAAGCAAAUGGCCAUCCUUUUGGGACGUCAUCGUGUCAACCACGAAGUGGAAGAUGAUGAUAUCGAGGGCGAAGACGCCGAAUUGCUCAAUGAGCUCAUUGGAAACGAAAAGCUAAGUGAACAAUUCUUGAAAUUGGCGCAGGAUCUCGAUGUCAUGGAUCCCAAGACACCAGAAGACAUUUACAAGUCUCAUCUGGCAGAAACGGGUGGGUUCAGCCGUCGUAGGGACACCGGUUCGGCCAACAUUGACUCGGCGCGCGCCAAUCUAGCCAGUACAUUCGUCAACGCACUUGUCAACACUGGAUUUGGCCAGGAUAAGCUCAUGACGCCAGACAAUGAGUGGCUGUACAAGAACAAGGAUCAUGGAAUGAUGUCGGCUGCCGCCUCGCUCGGUUCCAUCCUGCUGUGGAAUGUAGAAGAGGGACUAACGCAGAUUGACAAGUUCUUGUAUUCUACGGAGGACUAUGUCAAGGCAGGAGCUGCGCUUGCCGUUGGUAUUUUGAGUUCCGGUAUUCGGAAUGAUGCCGACCCUGCAUUCGCGCUCUUGUCCGAACACGUGGAAGGAGACGUACACAUUAUGAAGUGCGCUGCUUGCACAGGGCUUGGAAUUGCUUACGCAGGAACUGCCCGUGAGGAUGUCAUGGAAAUGCUAGUGCCUAUUGUGGAGCAAUCCGGAAGCUCGCCAACAACGAUGCUGGAAGUAUCUCUCGCGGGUCUCGCCCUAGGAAUGAUUUUUGUCGGAAAAUGUGACGACAGCGUUGGUGGAACUAUUGUGCAACGCCUUAUGGAGGCGUCAGAUGAAGAGCUCGACCAUUCGCAUGCCCGGUACUUGUGCUUGGGUCUUGCCUUGCUGUUCCUAGGUCAGAUGGAGAAGGCAGAAGCCAUGAUUGAAGCUAUCCGCACCAUCGAACACAAGAUUUCGAAAUAUGCAGCUUUGUUGUUGGAGACUUGCGCAUACACGGGAAGCGGUAAUGUGUUGAAGGUUCAAGAAAUGAUGCACCAGUGCACGGAGCACUUGACGGAAGAUGCAGAGCACCAAAUGGCAGCUGUCAUUGGAAUCGGCCUCAUCACAAUGGGAGAAGACGUUGGAUCUGAGAUGGUUUUGAGAACUUUUGAUCACUUGUUGCAUUACUGCGAACUCCCAAUCAAACGUGCCGUUCCUUUGUCCUUGGCUGUUCUGAACAUUUCCAACCCUGACUUUGCUGUCAUUGACCAAUUGUCGCGUCUGUCGCAUGAUCCCGACGCCGAGAUCUCCCAAAACGCAAUCAUGGCACUGGGUAUCGUGAGUGCUGGCACCAACAACUCCCGUGUUGCUGGAUUGCUUCGCCAACUCAGUGAAUUCUACAGUAAAGAGGCAGGGCAUGUCUUCUGUGUUCGAAUUGCUCAAGGAUUGCUCCACAUGGGAAAGGGACUGUUGACGAUCAACCCGUUUCAUUCUGAUAAAAUGUUGUUGAAUGGACCUGCGCUGGGCGGGAUGCUUGUUUUGAUCAACUCUUGUUUGGAUUUGAAGAACACCUUGCUUGACAAGAGCCACUACUUGUUGUUCUACCUGACUUGUGCCAUGAAUCCACGAAUGCUCAUCACGGUCGAUGAAGACAUCAAUUGGCGACCAGUGACAGUCCGUGUCGGACAAGCAGUCGAGACGGUGGGUCAAGCGGGUAAACCGAAGCGAAUCACGGGUUUCCAGACACACACAACACCCGUAUUGAUUCAAGCAGCCGAGCGAGCUGAGUUGGGUACGGAGGAGGUGCUGAGCAUUUCCAGCACUCUUGAAGGUAUUGUAAUAAUCAAAGACAACCCUGACUACGAACAGGAAGAAGGCAAAUAAAUCGAGAAAUCUGCGCAAGACUAUUACAGUGAAUAACACUUAGAAAUCCAAAGAUCCUUU